CAGUGCAAAUGGGCGGCGUUUUAUACUGGACAGGGAAGCCCUAACGCAACCAUUUAAGCCAUAAUUCCCGCUGUCGAUGAGGCGGCGACCUGAGCACCAUGGCUAUAUUAAUGUUUGACUCUAAAUAUAUGUCGUGGCCGCUGUUUUUGGAGUAGUAAGGCUCGCCUGUUGGUGGUGAUCCGGCCUGCCGUCCCGAGGGCUGUCAGUAGCGGUAGUGUAGAUGCCUUGGCCGAGAUGAGUGUGAAGGCUUUUGAGCUAGUCCCCGCUGUGGAGCGAGAUCUCCUCAUGGGCGACAAGGCUCGCAUCAACAUCGAGUGCAUUGAAUGUUGCGGAAAGCACUUGUACAUGGGUACCAAUGACUGCUUCAUCCACCACUUCCUCCUGGAUGAGGUUACUUCCUCCAAAGGGAAACUGAGUUACUCGGCUCAGAAGCUGCUGCACAAAUAUCUGGGCCUGAAGAAACCAGUGGCUGAGCUGCGUGCUGCCUCUGCUUUGGAGCGUCUGAUAGUGCUUUGCGAUGGAAUAGUGUUCCUUGUCGAUAUGGUGACACUGGAGACUGUGCCGUCGGCAGCAGGAGGUGGAGCCAAGAUCAGAGGUGUGACGGCGUUCUGCAUUAAUGAGAACCCUGUGAACGGUGAUCCGUUCUGUGUGGAAAUGGGUGUGCUCUCCUCCAAGCGGCGGACAGUGCAGAUUUAUAUGGUGUAUGAGGACAGAGUGCAGCUGGUCAAAGAGGUGACUACUCCUGAGCAGCCCUGUGCCAUCAGCCUUGAUGGUUACUUCUUGUGCCUGGCCCUCGCUACGCAGUACAUGAUUCUGAACUACAACACAGGAGCCUCCCAAGACCUCUUCCCUUACAACAGCGAGGAGAGGAGACCCAUAGUGAAGAGGAUCGGCAGGGAGGAGUUCCUCUUAGCAGCUCCUGGUGGUCUGGGAAUGUUUGCAAAUGCAGAAGGGGUAUCACAGCGGGCUCCAGUCAACUGGUCAGAGAGUGUCAUUGGUGCCGCUGUGUGUUUUCCAUAUGUGGUUGCUUUGGAUGAGAGCUUCAUCACCAUCCACAGUAUGUUGGACCAGCAGCUCAAACAGACCCUUUCAUUCAGGGAUGGACACAUUCUGCAAGACUUUGAAGGAAAGGUCAUUCUGGCUUCCACUAAGGCAGUGUAUGUCCUGGUACCCCUGCCACUGGAGAGACAGAUCCAGGACUUACUGGCCAGUCACAGAGUGGAGGAGGCACUCAUCCUCACAGAGGGAGCACAGAGAAAUAUUCCCAAAGACAAGUUUCAGAUUUUGCACAAAAGAAUCCUCCAGCAGGCAGGUUUUAUACAGUUUGGCCAACUUCAGUUUCUAGAAGCAAAAGAACACUUCAGGAAGGGUCAGCUGGAUGUGCGAGAGCUGAUAUCACUCUACCCGCUGCUGCUGCCAGCAUCAUCUUCAUUCACACGCUGCCACCCUCCUCUCCACGAGUUUGCAGAUCUCAACCACCUGGCACAGGGUGACCAGGAGAAAGUGCUGCUAUGCAAGAAAUUCCUCAUCAGUUAUUUGGGAGAGGUACGAAGCACAGAGGUGGCCAAUGGCUGUAGAGAGGAUGUGGACACUGCACUGUUAAAGCUGUACGCCGAGCAGGAUCAUGACAGCCUUCUAGACCUGCUAGCCUCGGACAAUGCCUGCCUACUAGCCGACAGCAUCCCAUGGCUGGAGAAAUACCACAAAUAUUUUGCACUUGGGCUGCUCUAUCACUAUAAUGGCCAGGAUUCAGCAGCACUUCAGUUGUGGAUUCGCGUGGUAGAUGGGGAUGUGCAGGACUCCACAAGAUCUGACCUUUAUGAGUACAUUGUGGACUUUCUCUGCUGCUGCUCCAAUCUGGACCUUGUAUGGAAGUAUGCAGACUGGGCCCUGCGGAAGGAUCCCACCAUAGGUGUUCACAUCUUUACUAGGAGACCUGGCAGUAAAGAUCAGUCAGAAUUGAACCCUGAUGAUGUCAUCAGCUACCUGGGAAAGCACAACCAGGCACUGCUUCUCUACUUGGAACACCUGGUGCUGGAGAGGAGGACACAGAAAGAGAAGUUCCACACACACCUGGCUGUGAUGUACCUGGAGAGAGUCUUGUCAUUGCUGUCGGAGUCACCGAAGGAUGAAGAGAAGCUCACCAGAGCUAGAGAGAGGCUCCAAGCCCUGCUCAGGGAGUCCAACCUAUACCGUGUAAAGUUUCUUUUAGGUAAGACAGAGAACUGUGAACAACUGCUGCUAGAGCGUGCAACACUACAUGGAAAACUGGAGGAGCAUGACAAAGCCCUUCACAUAUUGGUGCACAAGCUCAGAGACUUCCCAUCGGCUGAGGCCUUCUGUACAUGGGCCUCAUCUUGCCGGGAUUCUGCUUACCGACAGCAGCUAUUUCACCUGCUCUUGGGGGUGUAUUUAGACGGGAACCAGACAGCAAGAGGUGGCGGUGGAGACAUGGAGAUGGCGGCAGUGGACCUCCUAAAUCGACACGGCGAGGUGUUUGAUGCAGCCCGCGUCCUGCGCAUGCUCCCUGAGGGCUGGUCACUGCAGCUGCUCCGGCCCUUUUUGGGUCAAGCCAUCAGGGCGAGCAUGCACGCCCGCCGCACCUCCCAGAUUGCGCUGGGGAUGUCUCGCUCUGAAAACCUUCAACUGCUGCAUGACAGGCUGAAGGAGCGGAAGAAACCAAUCUUUGUGUCUGAAAAGAAGGGAUGCCACCUGUGCCACAACACCUUCAGUGAGCCGGAGGUGGUGUGUCUGCCAGGUGGAGUGCCUGUCCACACUCACUGUGUCGCCCAGAGAGUAAGAGACUCUCCCACAAAGAGACAGUUAACAAAUAGCAGUAACCAUACGUGAGACUUGACUGUUCAAACUACCGUGUGAUCUGUGAUCAGAGGCACCAGACUAAAGCAGGAAGUGCUGAGUUUUUGGAUGGCUGAGGACUGCGGGGAUAACAAUAAGCACAGAACACUCAUUACCAUAGUAGAAUCUGCUAUGGGGUUGAUGAGGAACACAAAGAAAGUGGUGGGAGUGUGUAUGUCUGUGAGAGUGUAAGGAAGAAACAGAUGAUUUCAUCUAUUUAUUCCUUUGCCCAGUUAUACCACACUUUUUAUACAAGAAAAAAACAACAACGAAGUCACCCGGCCCUUUAAUCAAUUUAAAUGUAUAAUUUAUUAAAGACAGGCUCCUGUGCUUAUCUGUGAGUUCAGUGCUGUACUGGUCAUUGUCUUUGCCUGAACAGUUUUAAACCUGAAUUUGAGGAUCUGCUUGAACAACAGAACACACAAUUUUUGAAACCUGUUGCAAAUAUUUUGGAAGCAUGCAUUGUAUUACCACUUACGGUUCUGGUCUAAUCACCUCAUAUGGGUAUUGUAUCAAUAUUGUCCUAACUUGCACAUUGCAGUGUUGGGUUUUAAUGUGAAAUACUACAACGAUUCAUCAGGACUGAUGGAAACUGAGUCUUUUAUGUCUGUCUUUUACUCUCUGAGAUCUCGUCUCACUGCUGUUUUAUUUUCCCCUCAGCCAUAUGGGCAGUGGAUGUUGUAUUCACAGUAUUUCAGUUGGUGGCAAUUUGAUGCAACCACAUUUAAAUUUUGAUGCCUUGUGAUCAAGGUUAUAGUCUCAGUCUCAAUGGAUCUCAGUGGAAAUAUUGCGUUGCUCCACUAAUAAUCAGUGUAACCUGGGAGUCACUACUCAAACUGCAUCAAUGUCCUGAUCAGACUGACCUAAAGCCUGCACAAAUCAAACAGUCUUUACUGAGAGUGUCACUAGAUGCAUUGUGACAGCAAAUGUUAUGGCUCGGAUAUAAGUGGCAGAUAUGCAGAUUAUCAUCAAAUCGUGAAAGUCUAGCUUCAUAAAUUUUGUCUGGUUUUGAGUAACAAAUGAAAUCAGUCAACAGAGAUCUUCGCUACCCGCCUGCCGUCAUAGAUCUGUUUUGUUUGUUUUGCCAGGCUACAUACAGUGAUCAAAGAUCAUUUGAAUACUACUUCACAGAACAAUUAUCAGAAGUCAAAAUGUGCUGGUGGAAAACUUGCCAUGGAAAGAUUUUGUCUUCAGGAUGGGCAAGGAGGUAAUUUGUUCCAAACAUUUGAGUAAGUUUUUUUUUUUCAAUUUUCAUAUGAAUGUUACAAGAAGAAAAAUUAAUUCAUUUGUUGUUACUGGCUGUGGGUAAUUCAGUUAUUUUUUUAACACCUUCCAUGUAAGGAAUGCAAGUUUUUAUUUAAGCUGUAAAAAGGUAUUUGACCACAAGAUGGCAGUAAUGGGUAAAAUGUUUAAAACAAAUGGAACGAACCACAGGUGCAACAUUAUGGAAAAUACUUUAUGGUAUACUUUACCAUUAUUCUAUGGAAUGUCCAGGAUAUUGGGGGGGGUUCCGCUUUUUCUACACCACAAUCCAUUAACACAUACGGUGGUCUUGGUUAUAAAGGAAAGUCAUUGGAAAUGUGCAAUUAAAAUGUUUUUGUAAGAAUUCUGAGACAGUGUGCAGCACUGGCAUGAGACCACCAGUGAAAGCGUUGGAUAUGGACGGCGGUGACUUUCUUUCAUAUUCUUAAUGAAAUUAAUGACUAGCUGUCAAAGAAAAUGGUCGUCUUAUAAUGCAUGCACUGCACAUAACCCCCAAACCUUUUUUUAUGUUUGGAAACUGUGAGAAAACAAAACCAAUAUCAUCAACAGCUUUGAUGGCUUGAUGCAGCUUUCAUAACUGCCUCUUCCACCACCCCCUACCCCUCACCCCCGAUGGUGUGCUAGAAUUACAGCUUUAACCUUUUCAUCCUGACACCCCUCUCAAAAAUGGAGAGAAACUGAACUCGACCAUAUUCUGUCAUAAUGAAGCCUUGAAAUUCUUACAGGCUCGUCAACACAGAACACUUUCGAAAUGUCAUAUGCAUGUCAGGUAACAAUAAAGUGCAGCUUGGACCUCAUAAAUGUUUCUCCCAGACAGACAUAACUUAUUGCAGGAGUGCAAUGUGUUUGUGUAGCUAACUUGUGUGAACAGUCAAAAUCAGGGACAUAUUCCUAAAUGUCUGCUGUAGGUGAUGCUUUGCUAAAAAGUGGUUUAUGUCAAACUAUUUCACUUUGAAAUAUUGUUUAUCAAGAAGAAGAUACAUGAAUUUCAUAACAGUAAUGAGAGGGAGCAAAAAAAACAUGUGUCCCUCCUUGUCUUCUUUUUCAUAUUCAACACUUGUUGAAGAAAAUGAAAAAGAAAAUCUGUCAGUAUUUCCUAAAUCAAGCCUCCGUGGACUAUAAUUUUUUAAGUGUGGCCAGUUUCUGAGUAAGACAACAGAAGCAAAAAACAAAACAACAGAGAAGUUUGUCUCCUCAAUUCUUUAUUUCUAACUCCUUUUCCAACUUUCUUAGACAUGUCACUGUUGUGGGUUUUUGCUUGUUUCUCCGGUGCCUGUGCUGUUGAUGCUAGCCUUCUGUAAUUGCAACCCAUUUCUGUAGGGAACUCUGUGCAAACAUGGGACUAUUUUUCUAACGUGGAGAUCUGAGUAUUGUAGAUACUGCAAGCUUGCCUCACUUUCCAUGACAGAAAUUCACAGCUUAUGCACAGCAUCUUUCUGUCCGAACAGUUUAAGUGUAGCUUGCUUAAAAGGCCUCCUAACCAUGACUUCAAAUAAUAAUAAUAAAAAAUACAGUACAGUUGUGUGAAAAUGCUAAUGUAUUUUAUAUAUAUAUGUAUACUGGUAUGUAUAUACUGCAUUUGUACUUGUUUGUUGCUUUCUAAACCAAUGCCAAUGUGGAUGGGGUGUACAAACUGUUAAUCCGUCCAACUUUAAUAAACAUGAAA